GCGCAAUCCGUGCAAGGAGCACCGAGCUACAUCCUCUCAGCUGUUUUCUGAAAAAGAAAAGAAAAAAGGACACUAUCCGACCAAAAGAUGCUUCAAAUAAGGAACCUCCUCUUGGGAUUGCUCUUCAUCAACUGCGCAGCUGCCAUCCAGGUGCAGAUCACACCACCGCAAGGGCAGAUCAGCGUAGGAGAUUCCAAGUUUUUCCUGUGCGAAGUGGUGGGAGACGCCAAAGACAUCGACUGGUACAAGCCCAGCGGGGAGAUGAUCCUGCCGAACAACCCCGACAUCCACGUCAACCGCAACGACGAGACCAGCUCGGCCCUCAUCAUCUACCACGCCGACGUGGACGACGCCGGCAUCUACAAGUGCGUGGCCAGGAGCGGCGACAAGGAGGCGCAGGCCACUGUCCAAGUCAAGAUCUUCCAGAAGAUCACCUUCAAGAACGUUCCCAGCCCGCAGGAGUUCAACGAGGGCGAUGACGCCGACAUCGUCUGCGACGUGAUCGGAUCGCCGCCGCCUUUCAUCCUGUGGAAGCACAAGGGCUACAUCAUCAAGGUGGAAAAAGACGUUCGAUUCCGCCACAUGGAGAAUGGCCACCUUCAGAUCCGCGGCAUCAAGAAGGUCGACGAGGGCACGUACAUCUGCGAGGCUCGCGUCAUGCAGACGGGAGAGCUCUCCUUCAAGAUGAUCGAGGUGGUCGUAAACGUGCUCCCCACCAUCCGUGCCAGGCAGUCCGAGUUCAACGCCACCGCCGACAUCGGUAGCACCGCCCUCUUGGCUUGCGACGCAGACGGCUUCCCCGAACCCACCGUCACAUGGGCCUAUAACAACGUCGUCCUUGAGUCUGGCGAUAAGUACAGCCUGAACGAGGACGGCUCGGAGCUGCUGAUAAGGGAGGUGGUCAAAGUGGAUGAAGGAGAUUACACCUGCAUCGCCAGGAACAAAGCGGGGGAGACGAGCCAGGAAGUCAGUCUCAACGUCUUCGUUCAAGCUAAAAUCACCUACCUGAGCAACCAGACGGCGUCCGAGUUCGACGACGAAGUCACACUGACCUGCGAGGCCUCGGGUGACCCCACGCCGUCCAUCUCCUGGAGCUUCGAGAACAAGAUGUUCGCUGAAGGAGAGCAGGAUUCGUGGACGCGACCAGACAAAUACGAGAGCCAGGACAGAAACAUUGUUGUGCGAAGCCACGCCAGGGUGUCCUCCCUCCUCUUGAAGAAUAUCCAGUUCACCUACGCGGGACAGUACCUGUGCACCGCCAGCAACUCCAUCGGCCAGGACAACCAGCACGUGUACCUGGAGGUCCGCUAUGCUCCAAAGAUUCUGGGCUCGGUGACGACGUACACGUGGGAGGGAAACCCGGCCAACCUCAGCUGUGUGGUGGAAGCCCACCCGGCGGCUUCUGUGACUUGGUUCCGUGACGGCAUUCAGCUGCCCAGCUCCAACGCCACCAAUGUGAAGAUCCACAACACGCGGAGCGUCAGCUACCUGGAGGUUUCUCCUGAAUCCCAGAGCGACUUUGGAAGCUACAACUGCACGGCCAACAAUGUGAUGGGCACAGAGUACAAAGAGUUCCUCCUCAUCCAAGCAGAGGUGCCGUCUUCGCCGGAGAUCCAGCAGGUGGAGCCUUUCUCCAGCUCGGCCGUGGUGGAGUUUGACGAGCCCGACUCCUUUGGCGGAGUGCCCAUCAUCAAGUACCUUCUGGUGUGGCGCAAGCAGAGGCACCACGACUGGACCACCAUGGAGUACGAUGCCACUGAGGACAUGACCCGGAUCACCAUUGGGGGCCUGAAGCCCGAGACCACCUACGAGCUCAAGAUGUCCGCCAUCAAUGGCAAAGGCGAAGGCGAGAGCAGCCCGACCAGCACGUUCCAGACCAAGCCAGUCCGAGAACCCGCCGCGCCGAAACUGGAGGCCAUGAUCCAAAACCAGGGCAAUUCUCUAAAAGUCAACUGGAUCAAGCAGGACGACGGCGGCUCCCCGAUUAUGCACUACCUGGUCCGAUACAAGGCUAAGCACGUGUCCGACUGGAAGCCCGAGAUCCGCAUGCCGUCCCGCAGCGAGUACGUGGUGCUGAGCGGACUGGACUGGAACACGGAGUACGAGGUCCGCGUGGUGGCGGAGAACCAGCAGGGCAAGUCCAAGCACGGCGUCGUCUCCUUCAGAACGGCCACGGAGCCCACCACCAUGCCAGGCGCGUCGGGCGGCGGCUCGGGCCUGAGCACGGGCGCCAUAGUGGGCAUCCUCAUGGUGGUCUUCUUCCUGCUCUUGAUUGCCGUGGACGUGACGUGUUUCUUCCUCAACAAGUGCGGACUCCUCAUGUGCAUCGCCGUCAACUUCUGCGGGAAAGCCGGGCCGGGCGCCAAGGGCAAGGACAUCGAGGAGGGCAAGGCGGCCUUCACGAAGGACGAGUCCAAGGAGCCCAUUGUGGAGGUGAGAACCGAAGAGGAGCAAACCAAGAACCAGGAAGGAGUUGGACCCACCGAGCCCAACGAGACCACGCCUCUGACAGAACCGGAGCCCGCCGCCGCCGCCGCCUCCACAGACGCAAACCAGCUCCAUUCCGAUGCUGCUACUAAUUCCGUCGCGGCGCACCGCAGCCCGGCGACCCAAGCCUGCCCCCCGAAAAACAGCCCCUCGGCCGAGUCGGGGGAGCGCCGACCCAACGUGGGGCCGCUGGUGGACCUGAGCGACGCCCCCAAAGCUCCUCCCCCCACCGCUCCCUCUGAGGCUUCCGCCAGCCCCCCGGGUCAGGACUCGCAAGUCGACGGCCCGACCCAGGAGCACCCCCCCGGCACAGAGUCCAGCACCGCAAGCACGCCAGUCCAAAAUGACGGGAAGACGAAGGAGGACGUGACGACUGCGGCGGACAUCAAGACCGAGGCCAACAACGCCACGGCCGAGGUGAAGACGGUCCCCAACGAGGCGCCCCAGACCAACGGGAACGAGAGCAAAGCGUAAUCACCUCAAGAAAAAAGGAAAAGGUCGGGUUCGGGUCGGUUACAAGGGGGGGUUGGGGAGGGAUGGUGGGUUCAAGGGUCACAGUCACUGAAACCUUAACACGAUUUCGCACGUCAAAAAACAAAAAAACAAAAAAAAACACCACCAUUCCCUGGGAAAACAAAAAGAAAGAAAAAUGUGUCUUCUGACCAGCAAAAUGUACAAAAAGACUUUCAUGCACAUGCCUUAGUUCUCUUUCCGAUACACACGACUCCACUCGUGCACCAAACAUGCCAGGGGCCACGCGGAAAAGGAGGCAGAGAAAAGUUCGGAAUGUUACAGGAAUAUAAGUCGAAAUUGUUACCGGCGUGAUAGUUGUGUUUUUACGAGAAUAACGCCGUAAUUUAACAUCGUUAACGCCGUGAGUACGAGAAUUAAAUUGUAUUUUUUAGGGCAAUAACGACAUAAGGUUACAAAAUUACGAACUUCACAAAGGUGGUAUUUUUCACCAGAAUAACGGCGUAAUAUUGUACUGUUGUGAGGAUUUUACAUUGAUAAACACGUCGUUUUACGUGAACAAAUUUGCGAUAUCGCAGUGGAAAAAGGUAAAAUGUUCCCAAAAAUAAUAAUUAUGCAAAAAUGUCUAUUGGAGCUGACAAAAAAGUGAACUUUAAAAAAAAAUAAUGUUUGUUUAAAUCACAUGAAUUGAAUCAGAAUAUUAUGCAAAUAACGGUAAAUAUGGGUUAAGUAAUGCGAGCAUAAAUGUUAACGAGCGUCGUUUGUGUGGGAAUUUUCUUUGUUUUCGUAACGAUUUUCGAAAUUAUUAGUUCAUGAAUAUCAAAAGUAACGAUUUUAAGGGUUUCUCUGGCAAAAUGACAACUUUACUUUUGUUACACUACAACUAAUUUCUCGUAAGAUCUUACGUGGGAAAAGUCAUAAUAUCUCAACUUUAGCUUUGGCAAAUUUCUGGUAUGGCUUGUAACAUUCAGAUUUUUUUCCGUAACACUGUAAGAUUACAUCUUUACUUUCGUAAAAUGAUGACAUUUUGUAAUGUUUUAACUUAAAUCGUGUAACAUUUUUAGGGCAAUAACGAAAUAAGGUUACAGUUUGACAAAAAUUAUGAACUUUACGAAAGUCGUACUUACACCAGAAUAAAGGCAUAAUAUUGUACUGUAAAACACAUCGUUUUACAUAAACAAAUUUGCGAUAUCGCAGCAGAAAAAGGUCAAAUGUUACCAAAAAUAAAGUCAAAUGUUUAUAGAAAUAACAUAACCUUACAGCAAGUUUAAAAAAAAACGUAUUUCUUUGUUUAUAGUCACUAAUUAUUUCGACCCAAAAAAAAAACCACAGCAACAAUUAAACAAACAGAAGCCAAACAAGCAGCAGAAUAAAACAAAACAUAAUUAAAACAAUGAUAAUAAUUAUGCAAAAAUGUCUAUUUGAACUGACAAAAAAGUGAACUUAAAAAUGUUUUAAGUCAUCUUGAAAAAAAUUACGUUUGUUUAAAUCACAUGAAUUGAAUAUUAUGCAAAUAACGGUAAAUAUGGGUUAAGUAAUGCGAGCAUAAAUGUUAACGAGCGUCGUUUGUGCGGGAAUUUUCUUUGUUUUCGUAACGAUUUUCGAAGUUAUUAGUUCAUGAAUAUCAAAAGUAACGAUUUUAAGGGUUUCUCUGGCAAAAUGACAACUUUACUAUUGUUACACUACAACUAAUUUCUCGUAAGAUCUUACGUGGGAAAAGUCAUAAUAUCUCAACUUUAGCUUUGGCAAAUUUCUGGUAUGGCUUGUAACAUUCAGAUUUUUUUCCGUAACACUGUAAGAUUACAUCUUUAUUUUCGUAAAAUUACGACAUGUUGUAAUAUUUUAACUUAAAUCAUGUAACAUUUUUAGGGCAAUAACGAAAUAAGGUUACAGUUUGACAAAAAUUAUGAACUUUACAAAAGUCGUACUUACACCAGAAUAAAGGCAUAAUAUUGUACUGUAAAACACAUCGUUUUACAUAAACAAAUUUGCGAUAUCUCAGCAGAAAAAGGUCAAAUGUUACCAAAAAUAAAGUCAAAUGUUUAUAGAAAUAACAUAACCUUACAGCAAGUUUAAAAAAAAAAACGUAUUUCUUUGUUUAUAGUCACUAAUUAUUUCGACCCAAAAAAAAACCACAGCAACAAUUAAACAAACAGAAGCCAUACAAGCAGCAGAAUAAAACAAAACAUCAUUAAAACAAUGAUAAUAAUUGUGCAAAAAUGUCUAUUUGAACUGACAAAAAAGUGAACUUAAAAAUGUUUUAAGUCAUCUUGAAAAAAAUUACGUUUGUUUAAAUCACAUGAAUUGAAUAUUAUGCAAAUAACGGUAAAUAUGGGUUAAGUAAUGCGAGCAUAAAUGUUAACGAGCGUCGUUUGUGCGGGAAUUUUCUUUGUUUUCGUAACGAUUUUCGAAGUUAUUAGUUCAUAAAUAUCAAAAGUAACGAUUUUAAGGGUUUCUCUGGCAAAAUGACAACUUUACUUUUGUUACACUACAACUAAUUUCUCGUAAGAUCUUACGUGGGAAAAGUCAUAAUAUCUCAACUUUAGCUUUGGCAAAUUUCUGGUAUGGCUUGUAACAUUCAGAUUUUUUUCCGUAACACUGUAAGAUUACAUCUUUACUUUUGUAAAAUGAUGACAUUUUGUAAUGUUUUAACUUAAAUCGUGUAACAUUUUUAGGGCAAUAACGAAAUAAGGUUACAGUUUGACAAAAAUUAUGAACUUUACGAAAGUCGUACUUACACCAGAAUAAAGGCAUAAUAUUGUAUUGUAAAACACAUCGUUUUACAAAACAAAUUUGCGAUAUCUCAGCAGAAAAAGGUCAAAUGUUACCAAAAAUAAAGUCAAAUGUUUAUAGAAAUAACAUAACCUUACAGCAAGUUUAAAAAAAAACGUAUUUCUUUGUUUAUAGUCACUAAUUAUUUCGACCCAAAAAAAACCCACAGCAACAAUUAAACAAACAGAAGCCAUACAAGCAGCACAAUAAAACAAAACAUAAUUAAAACAAUUAUAAUAAUUAUGCAAAAAUGUCUAUUUGAACUGACAAAAAAGUGAACUUAAAAAUGUUUUAAGACAUCUUGAAAAAAAUUACGUUUGUUUAAAUCACAUGAAUUGAAUAUUAUGCAAAUAACGGUAAAGAUGGGUUAAGUAAUGCGAGCAUAAAUGUUAACGAGCGUCGUUUGUGCGGGAAUUUUCUUUGUUUUCGUAACGAUUUUCGAAAUUAUUAGUUCAUGAAUAUCAAAAGUAACGAUUUUAAGGGUUUCUCUGGCAAAAUGACAACUUUACUUUUGUUACACUACAACUAAUUUCUCGUAAGAUCUUACGUGGGAAAAGUCAUAAUAUCUCAACUUUAGCUUUGGCAAAUUUCUGGUAUGGCUUGUAACAUUCAGAUUUUUUUCCGUAACACUGUAAGAUUACAUCUUUAUUUUCGUAAAAUUACGACAUGUUGUAAUAUUUUAACUUAAAUCAUGUAACAUUUUUAGGGCAAUAACAAAAUAAGGUCACAGUUUGACAAAAAUUAUGAACUUUACAAAAGUCGUACUUACACCAGAAUAAAGGCAUAAUAUUGUACUGUAAAACACAUCGUUUUACAUAAACAAAUUUGCGAUAUCGCAGCAGAAAAAGGUCAAAUGUUCCCAAAAAUAAAGUCAAAUGUUUAUAGAAAUAACAUAACCUUACAGCAAGUUUUAAAAAAAACGUAUUUCUUUGUUUAUAGUCACUAAUUAUUUAAACCCAGAAAAAAAGCACGGCAACAAUUAAACAAACAGAAGCCAUACAAGCAGCAGAAUAAAACAAAACAUAAUUAAAACAAUGACAAUAAUUAUGCAAAAAUGUCUAUUUGAACUGACAAAAAAGAACUUGAAAAAAAUUUAAGUCAUCUUGAAAAAGUAAAGUUGGUUUAAAUCACAUGAAUUGAAUCAGAAUAUUGUGCAAAAAAACGGUAAAUAUGGGUUAAGUAAUGCGAGCAUAAAUGUUAACGAGCGUCGUUUGUGUGGGAAUUUUCUUUGUUUUCGUAACAAUUUUUGAAGUUAUUAGUUCAUGAAUAUCAAAAGUAAUUCACUCGCGAGCAAGCUUUUUUCUCAUAUUAUCACGAUUUUAAGGGUUUCUCUGGCAAAAUGACAACUUUACUUUUGUUACACUACAACUCAUUUCUCGUAUGUGGGACAAGUCAUAAUAUCACAACUUUAGCCAUGUCAAGUUUCUGCUCGUAAAAAUACAACUUCUUGCUUGUAACAUUCAGAUUUUUUCCUUGUAACACUGUAAGAUUACAGCUUUAUUUUCGCAAAAUUAUGACAUUUUGUAAUAUUUUAACUUAAAUCGUGUAAUAUUUUUAGGGCAAUAACGACAUAAGGUUACAGUUAAAAAAAGUUACGAACUUUACAAAAGUCGUAUUUACACCAGAAUAAAGGCAUAAUAUUGUACUGUUGUCAGGAUUUUACAUCAAUAAACACGUCGUUUUGCAUGAACAAAUUUGCGAUAUCGCAGCGGAAAAAGGUCAAAUCUUCCCAAAAAUAAAGUAAAAUAUUCAUAGAAAAAACAUAAUAUUACAACAAGUUUUUCGACCCAGAAAAAAAGCACGGCAACAAUUAAACAAAUAAAAGCCAUACAAGCAGCAGAAUAAAACAAAACAUAAUUAAAAUAAAAAUAAUAUUUUAAAAAAGUGAAUUAAAAAAAAUAAAAAUAAUAAAGUUUGUUUAAAUCACAUGAAUUGAAUCAGAAUAUUAUGUAAAGCUCGGUAAAUGUAAAUAUCACAAAAGUAAAUUUCACAAAUUUAUGCAAGCAUAAAUGUUAACGAGCGUUGUUUGUCUGGAAAUUUUCUUUGUUUUCGUAACAAUUUUCUUGUGAUAUUUGAAGUUAUUAGUUCAUGAAUAUCAAAAGUAAGCUUUUUCUUCACAAUAUCACGAUUUUAAUUAUUUCUCUGGCAAAAUGACAACUUUACUUUUGUUACGCGACAACUAAUUUCUCGUAAGAUCUUACGAGGGAAAAGUCAUAAUAUCACAACUUUAGCCAUGUCACAUUUCUGCUCGUAAAAAUACGACUUCUUGCUUGUAACAUUCUGAUUUUUUUCCGUAACACUGUAAGAUUCCAUCUUUAUUUUCGUAAAAUUACGACAUUUUGUAAUAUUUUAACUUAAAUCGUGUAAUAUUUUUAGGGCAAUAACGACAUAAGGUUACAGUUAAAAAAAGUUACGAACUUUACAAAAGUCGUAUUUACACCAGAAUAAAGGCAUCAUAUUGUACUGUUGUCAGGAUUUUACAUGAAUAAACACGUCGUUUUGCAUGAACAAAUUUGCGAUAUCGCAGCGGAAAAAGGUCAAAUCUUCCCAAAAAUAAAGUAAAAUAUUUAUAGAAAAAACAUAAUAUUACAACAAGUUUUUCGACCCAGAAAAAAAGCACGGCAACAAUUAAACAAAUAAAAGCCAUACAAGCAGCAGAAUAAAACAAAACAUAAUUAAAAUAAAAAUAAUAUUUUAAAAAAGUGAAUUAAAAAAAAUAAAAAUAAUAAAGUUUGUUUAAAUCGCAUGAAUUGAAUCAGAAUAUUAUGUAAAGCUCGGUAAAUGUAAAUAUCACAAAAGUAAAUUUCACAAAUUUAUGCAAGCAUAAAUGUUAACGAGCGUUGUUUGUCUGGAAAUGUUCUUUGUUUUCGUAACAAUUUUCUUGUGAUAUUUGAAGUUAUUAGUUCAUGAAUAUCAAAAGUAAGCUUUUUCUUCACAAUAUCACGAUUUUAAUUAUUUCUCUGGCAAAAUGACAACUUUACUUUUGUUACGCGACAACUAAUUUCUCGUAAGAUCUUACGAGGGAAAAGUCAUAAUAUCACAACUUUAGCCAUGUCAAAUUUCUGCUCGUAAAAAUACGACUUCUUGCUUGUAACAUUCUGAUUUUUUUCCGUAACACUGUAAGAUUACAUCUUUAUUUUCGUAAAAUUACGACAUUUUGUAAUAUUUUAACUUAAAUCGUGUAAUAUUUUUAGGGCAAUAAUGAUAUAAGGUUACAGUUAAAAAAAAUUACGAACUUUACAAAAGUCGUAUUUACACCAGAAUAAAGGCAUAAUAUUGUACCGUUGUCAGGAUUUUACAUUGAUAAACACGUCGUUUUACGUGAACAAAUUUUUGAUAUCGCAGCGGAAAAAGGUCAAAUGUUGAUAGAAAUAACAUAAUAUACCAGCAAGUUUUUCGAAAAACUUAUUUCUUUAUUUAUAGUCGCUAGUUAUUUCAACCCAAGGGAUGCAUAACACGGCAACAAUUAAACAAAUAGAAGCCAUACAAGCAGCAGAAUAAAAUAAAAUAUAAUUAAAAGAAUAAUAAUAAUUAUGCAAAAAUGUCUAUUUGAGCUGACAAAAAAGUGAACUUAAAAAUGUUUUUUUGAUAAAGUUUGUUUAAAUCACAUGAAUUGAAUCAGAAUAUUGGGCAAAGAACGGUAAAUAUACAUUUCACAAAAGUAAAGGUUAAGUCAUGCUACAUAAAUGUUAACCAACGUUUCUUUGUUUUCGUAACGAUUUUUGCAGUUAUUAGUUCAUGAAUAUCAAAAGUAAGCUUUUUCCUCACAAUAUCACGAUUUUAAUUGUUUCUUUGGCAAAAUGACAACUUUGCUUUUGUUACACUACAACUAAUUUCUCGUAAGGGUCCAACCUUACUGAUUUUAUGAGGGAAAAGUCGUAUUAUCACAACUUUAGCCGUGUCAAAUUUCUGGUCGUAAAAAUACGACUUCUUGCUUGUAAGAUUACAUCUUUAUUUUGUAUUGUUUUAACUUAAAUCGUGUGAUAUUUUUACGGCAAUAAUGACAUAAGGUUACAGUUUGCAAAAAUUACGAACUUCACGAAAGUGAUAUUUUCACCAGAAUAAAGGCAUAAUAUUGUACUGUUGUCAGGAUUUUACAAUAAUAAACACAUCGUUUUACAUGAACAAAUUUGCGAUAUCGCAGCCGAAAAAGGUCAAAUGUUCCCAAAAAUAAAGUCAAAUGUUUAUAGAAAUAACAAUAUUACAGCAAGUUUUUCGAAAAACGUGUUUCUUUAUUUUUUGUCACUAAUUAUUUCGACCCAGAAAAAAAGCACAGCAACAAUUAAACAAACAGAAGACAUACAAGCAGCAGAAUAAAACAAAACAUAAUUAAAAGAAUAAUAAUAAUAAUUAUGCAAAAAUGUCUAUUGGAGGUGACAAAAAAGUGAACUUUAAAAAACAAAGUUUGUUUAAAUCACAUGAAUUGAAGCAGAAUAUUAUGCAAAUUUAAAUGUAAAUUUCACUAAAGUAAUUGUUAAGCAAUGCUAGAAUUUUCUUUGUUUUCGUAACGAUUUUCUUGUGAUAUUUGAAGUUAUUAGUUCAUGAAUAUCAAAAGUAUUUGAAGGAAGAGCUUGUUCCUCUUAUCACGAUUUUAAGGGUUUCUUUGGCAAAAUGCCAACUUUACUUUUGUUACGCUUCAACUAAUUUCUCGUAAUAUCUUACAAGUCAUAAUAUCACAACUUAAGCCAUGUCAAAUUUCUGCUCGUAAAAAUACGACUUCUUGCUUGUAACAUUCAGAUUUUUUCCCUUGUAACACUGUAAGAUUACAGCUUUAUUUUCGCAAAAUUACGACAUUUUGUAACAUUUUAACUUAAAUCGUGUAACGUUUUUACCUAACUACGUCAUGCUCGUAACAUUACGACAUUUAACUAGUAAUAUUCUAUCUUUUUUUCACGCCGGUAUUAAAACUGUGUUCUCGUUGCUUUUUUAUUCGGCGUGGCCCUUGCGUUACAUGGCACUUCUCACAAAUACGAAAUAGAUUUUGUAUAAUUUUCCGCUGUUGGUCCAUAGCUUUACUUCACAGAUAACUGCCUUUGUGCAAAAACGCCACACUUUUUAAUGCGAUCUUUUGCGAUUUUUGUCGUAAUGACGGAUUGUGGCUCUCGUUUCCCUUUUUUUUGUUUUAAUGUUUUCAUGUGCAGAUAUUAUCGCCUUCUUAGCAAUGUUUUUUAAUUUUUUAAAUGUGUUCAUUUGCGGACUUAGUCAUUAGGGCGUUAGCAUGCCUGUUUUUGUUGUUGGUGUUUUUUGCGAAGUUACUGUAUUUCUGUACAUGUUGCUGUCAUUGACUUCUUAUUGUAAUGUUAUUAUAAUGAAGGAUUCUGACAAAGUAUGAUUUUAUUUUAUUCUAAAAUAUGAUGACAUUUUUGGGUUCAACCCUGUCAACUACGGUAAAAAAAAAAAUCUCACGCUACUUGUGUUACAGUUUUAAUCUUCAAUAACUUGUCAAACGACAACGACCGAAAAUUGCGCUAGCAUAACUGGACACGUUCGUACUUAAAGAGAAAACAAAUAGUAGUGAAACUUCCGUUUGAAAAGUUCGUGUUUGACCGUCGCGGAAUGCCAAAAAUUUUGCUAGCAACACUCGCCAUUCAGUUUACGACAUUGUAAACUUUCCUAUCACGUGUAUUUGUUGCCUAGGCCUUGGGCUAUCUCAUUAAACUUUUCGGGACAUGGGAAAAUCAAACCGUUUUUUUUUUUUCGUGUUUUCCUUUAAUUCAGGGCCUGUGACGACGCAACAUUUAUUGUUAUUGUUAGUGUUACGGGCAGAUGCGUUGACAAAAAAUAUAUAUUUUCACGCAGUUUUGCGAGUUUGUUAACUUUGAUCCCGCACAAGAUCUUUGUUUGAGAAUCAAGAACUAAACUGAAAAAGCUAAUGCUAAUGCUAACAAAAAUAAUUACCAUCUAUCUUAAAUUUUGUAAAAAAAAGUUU